UUUUCUGUGUUUUUUUUAUGACGUAACAAAUGUCAGAACUGUAUAUUUGUCAUGCGAGACAGGAAUGUAAAGGGUAUUUGAAAACAGAACAAUGAUGUGUGUUUUUCAUUACACUUGGCAUCCAUGAGGUCGAGAGACAUGCCAGUCUGUCUGGCCAGUCUCCUGGCGGUCCAUGCAGAUAUAAAGGUUUUUACUCAAGUGGGUCAACUGUUUGUGCACGAGUUGCACAGAGAAACCUUCCAGGGUGAUUUUGAACCAUUCCUCAAACACUACGGCCGGGUGUACGAUGACCCCAUGGUGUUCAAAUGCAACAAGCAGUACUUCCCAGACCUGCCCCACUGGCUUCGGUACACCCAGAGGCAUCCAAUGGAUAACGGAUUCCUGUACGGUACCCCCUUUGAAGAGGACCAAGGCAAGAACGUGAUUGAGAUCACAGUCAUUAACAAGCGGAGCUACGAUACCUUCCGGGACAGGAUGGUGAUAACUGUCGGACCAUCAGGAAAGAAGAUGCCGUAUCAAGCUGAAUUCUUCAUCCCCCUGAGGGAAAUUGAGAAAGUGCUGCCCUCUACAGUUCAGGAUGAUAUAAAGCAGGACAUUCAGAAGAUGUGGGGGACACACAGGCUGAUCCUCGUCAAUAUCAGCUCUGCACUAGAGAGAGGUGGCAGAGUGCCCCUCCCACUGCCAGGCCACUAUGAGGGGGUGUAUGUGAAGCUAGGCUCUGAGCAGCCCUUCUCGGAUUGCCUGCUGCGGAUUGAGCGUGCCGAGCACUGGCAGCAAUGCAGAGCUACUGGAAAGGCCUCCACUGACUGUACAGUGUGCUCCAAUCCCAGCAACUGCAUUACAUGGUGCAACACCACUCUGAUCGACCUGUCCAAGCCCCCACCCCCGCCCCCGGCACCAACCCGUGGUUCCGGAAUUCUGGAGGCUCAGGGAUUCUACGACCCCCCCGAAUCCCCUCCCACCCAUGACUACUUCCCGGCAUACAUCGGGAUGGUGAUCGUCCCCCUGGUGCUGAUCGCCCUGCUUUGCGCCGUCCUGGCGUACAUCAUGUGCUGCCGGCGAGAAGGGGUGGACAAACGGGAUGCAAAGACAGCUGACAUACAGCUGUACCACCACCACACCAUCCACAGCGACACCGAUGAGCUCCGGAGCAUGGCCGACAUCCGCCAAGCCUCCCGGCCCCAGUCCACCCUGCCUAUGUUCAACGCCCGCACAGGAGAGAGGAUGCCCCCCCUCCAGAGGCAGUUCGAUGCAGACAGCCCCCACAUCCCCCUCAUUAUGGCCCAGCAAGAUCCAAACACAGAUAUGCCUUCCAGGUAACCGUCAUAUAAGAAGAUACCGGGGUAUCACAGAAUCUGGCUUUUCUACAUUAACUGGUUUGCUGAAGUCAGAAAACUACAAAACACCUUCCUUAUUCUGUCCGCUGGAUUUGUGAUCAUAUAUCUUAACAGAUAUUACAAAUAUUAUACUUUAAUAUUAGUUAAUAAUUUCUACUUAUAUUGAUAUUUCCAAUUAUUGUGAUGCCGCAAGCAUUUCAAUGAAAUAUAAUUUCUGUGGUCAAAAGUAAAAUUUUGCUGUGGUAAAUUAAAUUAAUUGAUUAAAUUUA